AUGCUAAUUCGGUUACUUUUUCUUGUUGUUGUGGCGAUCACAACAAUUUCGGUAAGUCAAUCAACAACUUUAUUUAUUUAUUUAUUAUUGUGUGAAUAUGUCUACGAAAUGAAUGAGAAUAAUUAGGCACUUGUCAUUGCGCCAAAAACAAUAUUAUAAUUGUGAUGAGAACUUAUUCCUCUCCUUCUCAUCGUGGGUUUUUUCCAGACUUCAUCCGAAGGGGAUGCGCCAUAUUCACAUCGAAGAUUAUAUGGAAUUCGCAGGUUGAGGGUUCGUUUUUUUCUGUUUGAAUCUGAACGACCCUGAGAUUUGAAAAAAAAUAAUGUGGAAAAAAUCUGGAUAGAUGUUAUCCUAGUUGAAAGAAUGUGUGAAAAUGAAUGAAGGCAGAUUUCGGAAAGAUAUGUUUCUAAAUAUCCUCGGAACUUUUUGAAUGGAGAGGGUGAAAUGAGAAAAACCUAUUUUAAGCUAGAACAUUUUUAUGAAAGGAAUUUUUCUUAAAAUGCUCGAAUUUACAAACUUUAACUUUAGACCUUGAUUUUUCGUCUCAAAAUAUUUUCCCUAAUUUUUUGAACCAUUCCAAAUGAACGUCUCGAGGUUGUUAAAAAUUUUAACCAAUACCAAAACUGUUCAUUUCUUUUCUAGUUCCCUGCUUUCCAAUAAAAACUUAUAUUUAGCUAAUCAUACUCUAACUUUUUGUCAGAUGCUUCGCCCAAUUCCAGUAACAGCUCAACAUUCACCAACUCACAAAAUCGUCGAUCGUCGUCGUCAACCUGCCAAACUAUCAGAAAACAGCGAAAGUGAAGAACAGGUCAGUAAAAUGACUCAUUUUUUCUAUGUUGUACAGCAACACAAAAAACUAAUACGUACAAAAGUGAAAAGUGGCUAAAGGAACGAAUGAAACUGGCUAAUUAAAUGGCAAAUGAGUGUGUUUGGAUAUGUACUUUCUUUUUUCACUUUUUCAUUCAUUCAACCUGGAAAAAAAUCCAAGCGAAAACAUUUUUGGAUUGGAUUAAAUUGGCAAGUGAGGCAUUAGGCAGUCAAAAAGCCAAUCUCGUUUCGAAGAGAAAAGAAAGUGUGUCGAAGUUCGGGAAAAUAAGUGAAAGUUCUCAAAGCUUAUCUCGGCUGACUGUUUUCAUUUUGAUUUCAAUUUCGUUUUUACAAUGUCUGUUGAAACAUAGAGGGGUGAAACAUAGAGAUAGACAACAGAAUUUUUCCGAAUGAAAUGAAAAUUAAAAUGAAACGUAAAACAAUUUAAUUUUAGGAAUCAUUUGUGCCACGUGCUCAAGUUCCUCCAAGUUAUCAUCAACCAUCUCAAUCUUCCGAUCCUUCUUCAUCGGAAGAACUCCCAGCAACUUAUAUUGUCCAAACUGCAAAUAAGUUUGGCAAUUCUUUAGAUGAUGCAAGAAGAAAAAGAAUUGAAGCAAGAUGGAAAAGAUUAGGAAUCAAUUUCAAAACUGUCAAUUAUCCACAUCAUAAUCAAGAAUCAUCUGAAAAUGUUCACAAAUAUCAAAUUCGUCAAUUGAAUGCUCCAAAGAAAUCCGAAAAAAUUGUUGAAAUUGAAAGACCUGUUACUCAACAACCAAUUCUUCAUGUUAUAAAUCCAAUUGAUCAAGGUAAGUAUUUUUUAAGUUUGUAUUUUUGUUAUGUGAUUGAUGUGGGAAGCAUGUCUAUUUAUGAAUAUAUAUUUCUAUUUCUAUCCUAACACACAGGUUUCCAACCAUCUUCUGAAAUUAUUCAACCACUUCCAACUCCAGCUGAACUUCCAAAUAAUGGAGAUUAUCAUUCGAGAACAAAACCAGUGCAUCGAGGAUUGAAGUUUGUUCAAGAGAAAUUGUCUGUCCGUCCACGUUUAAGGAUUCGUCGACCGGGUUGGUGUCAGAGGGGGGCUUCUUGAUAUGAAAGGGGGAUAAAGCUGGUGAAAUGUGAAUAAAUGUGCUUUUGGUGGGAAUGAAAAAUAGUGCUUGUUGUCGGAAUUGCGAAUUGAAAAUUUUUUAAAGAGGCCUAAAUAUAUUAGGAGUUUGAUUUGAAGUUUCACAUGGUUCUGGAAUAAAUUUUGAACUGAAUCUUUAAAAUCUAAAUAUUUGAUUUUUCUUUUUGGUGAAAACGUAGUGAGAUUGGCAAAAAUGUUACAAGUUUAUUUUUGUUAAAAUUUCAAAUGAGAAAAUUGAAAUGCAUUGACAGUAGAAUGAAUACAUAAAUUGUUUGUUAAUAUUCGAAAAUUGUUCCAAAAUUUAAUAAAAUAUUUUAGGAGAGAAAGUUGAAGAGCCAAUGCCAGAAGAUCCAAACUUGACGCCUUUUAUGAACAAUGCUCGUGCUAAGUUUGGUUACGGUACAACAGUUGCACCAAUCGCCACCACAACAGUUUAUGUCCCGCCGACAACUCCUUCAAGAAGACCAACAACAACCACAACUACAACUGAAACACCAAUUGAUUUUGGUGAUUCUGGUGACGUUGGUGGAGAAUCUGGAGCUGGUUUUGGAUUUGGACCAGCUGAAUUACCACCAGAGUUCCAAAAUGUUGGAUUUGGUGUUGGAGGAGGAGAUAAUGGGUUCAAUUUCAAUGUUCCAACUGAAAAAGAAGAAAAAGAAGAACCAAAACCAACAACUACUACUACUACUACCAAAGCACCAAUACGAAGAGUUGUUCAAAGGUUUGAGUGUUUUAUUUUUGCAGAAAAAUAUUGAUUAUCAAUUUUUGUUUCAGAAAACAACCAAACGCUGAUUUUGACAAAGAUGCCCCUGCUGUAAUUCCACAAAAUUCUGGUCUUCGAGCUGUUGAACCACCAAAAGAAUUUGGAGGUUCCGGAGGAUUCGGAAGCUUUGGAAAUGGAGCUAUUGGUGGAGGAUUUGGAGGCGGAGGAAGUGGUGCAGGCUUUGGUGCCCCACCAGGUCCAGAUCCAGAUUUCAUGCCAGCUGGACCACCUGCUGCGGCUGCAGUCGAAGGACCAACAGAAACUGAUUUCUUCACAGGAGAUUCUGCAUUGACACCAUCAAAGGGACCAACUGGGGAUGGUUAUGGUCCAGCAGUUUUUCCAGGCGGAGCCGCUCCACCACCAGUUCCAUCUGUUGGAUUAGGAGGAGCUGCUGCUGGAAAAUCACCAUAUUUGGGAGCUGAAGAAUUGGGUGUAACUGAAAAUCCAGCAACAACUGUGAAACCAUCAGCAUUGUUGAGUGUUUUGAACAAAGCUGAUAUGGGAUUCAAUCAAGCAAUUGAACAUUUUGAACAUGGAACUCCUGUUGAAACCGCUGCAAUUGAUAUUCUUGAAGUUGCACUUGGAUCACAAAAAUUAGAUUCACAAGCAAAAUUAUUGGGACACGUUGAUAGAACAUUCGGAUUAGAUAAUUUGCAAAGACUUCAAAGAUGGGCAAAUACAGCUGGAGCAAUGGAAGUUUUCAAAGAUCAAUUUUUGAAAUUUGCCAAGAACUUCCAACCAGCUGCCGAUUUAUUGCCAACAGUUCCACCACAACUCGAAUAUCUUUUCAAGACGUCAGGAAAAAAAUAG